AGCUGCAGCACACACAGAAUGAACUAGAAGAGCGAGUGGUAUCGAGGACAACGCUAGAGAUGUUUAAUGCAGCGAUAUAAAUCCCGAAAACGCACCUCGAAGACUUGUUUCUGUCGAAAGAAUUUGGAAGCUGCUCUCCGCCCAAAAGCAAUCUUCUAACGACAGGAUGUGGUGGUCGUGGCCGCUCGUGUCUGUGCUGGUGCUCUGCUCUCUCCUGUCUGUCGGGACGGUGAGGACGGCGCCCUGUCAGACCUGCCGCAAACUUACAGACAGCUUCAUCAAGGGUUUGGAGCGAACAGCCAAUAAGAAUUUUGGAGGAGGGAACACAGCUUGGGAAGAGGAGAAACUGGCGAAAUAUGCACGCAGUGAGACGCGUCUGUUGGAGAUCGUGGAGGCUGUGUGUGACAAAUCCGACUUUGACUGCAACAGGCUGCUGGAGCAGAUAGAGGACCAGGUGGAGACGUGGUGGUUUCACAGACAGCAGGAAGCUCCAGAUCUGUUUGAAUGGCUGUGCAUUGAGGAGCUCAGACUGUGCUGCCCACCUGGACACUAUGGGCCUGAAUGUGCAGAGUGUCCGUCAGGUCCCGGAGGAGUGUGUGGAGGUCUGGGCCGCUGUGAGGGUGAGGGCACACGUCUGGGAGACGGAGACUGCGUUUGUGACCCGGGAUACUCGGGCGUCCUGUGUCAGGACUGUGCUGACGGAUACUACAGAGAGAAAAGCUCCAAUCACACACAGCCACCCUGCUCAGCUUGCCAUCAUUCCUGUAAAAAGUGCACAGGUCCACAAGACAACAAGUGUCUGGACUGUAAGCCUGGGUGGAUUCUUCACAGCAACAAGUGUGUAGAUGUGGAUGAAUGCGGCACUGAAUUGGCUCGCUGUCCGUCCAACACGUACUGCUUCAACACAGACGGUUCUUAUGAAUGCAGAGGCUGUGAUCAGGCGUGCGUGGGCUGUAUGGGAAGCGGACCUGCUCGCUGUAAGAAAUGCGCCCGAGGGUUCAGACUCACAGGAGCAAAGUGUCUGGACAUCGAUGAGUGUUCAGAGAGAGCCAUCGCCUGCCCCGGACUCAACGAAGCUUGCAUUAAUGAGGAGGGCUCGUUCCGCUGCGAGUGCGCAGAGGGAUUUGUUCGACGGGACAGCAUUUGUGUGGAGAAUCUGCCACCGACGGGUCCGGAGAAGGGUUUGUUCGACGACAUGACGGACGACGAGGUGCUCGUGCUCCAGCAGAUGUUCUUUGGCGUGGUGAUCUGUGCUCUCGCUACUCUAGCCGCCAAAGGAGACAUGGUCUUCACGGCUAUCUUCAUCGGGGGAGUGGCUGCCAUGGCCGGAUACUGGCUGUCAGAGAAGGGCGACCGCGUGCUGGACGGCAUCCUUAAAGGACGCUAAUGAACCGGACGCUGAGAGACUCCGACAGGGUGACGCCACUGAAACGUGAAGCUCUGGGUUUGGUGAUCACCGUGGCUCUGGGAAUGCAUGUCAAUCAGGGACGUUUAGCACCGGGCUGGAGCGGCAAUGCUGCUGAUUAAAGCUCUGUGGAUGAUGAUGACGCUGGUCAGCUCAUUUAUAACACUGUGUUUCAACAGUUCAACUGCUGCUGUAUUUAUGAGACUCCACACGGUUAGUAACGGAUACGUUUGGCCGAACCUGAGAGACGUACUGUAUGCAACCCAUUCAGGUAGCGUUACUGUACAUAAUGGCAUGGACAUACUGGCAUUCCCCCACGUUAUUGUCAUUUGUGCCCAUUUAUACAUGAAUACUGUGUUCACUUUUAAAAUCCGUCCCAAAGCAUAAAACUAUUUAUUUUAAAGAUUUCAGAAGUAAAAUACGCUUGACAUCAACAUUCCCAAAAUGCAUGAAUGCAGCACUGUCACUGAAGAUGUCCUGAGUUUGUUUUCAAAUCAGGACCGUAUGUGUGUGUGUGUGUGUGUGUGUGUGUAUGAGAGAGAGAAACUAGUGUCUUGAACAUGUAUGGCAAACUAUUUCAACAGGGUUCCCACACUAUUCGAUCAAUGAAUUUCCAUUAACACUGGACUUUUUUAUAUUAGAGUUUUUGAUUUAGCAGAUUUGUUGAACUGUCACGAAUGUCACAAAUGUUUCACUCUUCACAAGCGUAAUAUCUACCGAGCACAACUAAAAAUGUUCUGACUUGUAUGAUUUUGUUCAGUAACGUGACCAGGAAAACACUUGAAUCCACAGGUUUUCUCUGGCUGUGGGAACCCUGUUUUAAAUAUGCAACUUGUAGAUUACAGUAAUGAAUGUGAUUUACCGUUUAGCUGAGUGUACUGUAGCUGCAGAUUCAGCAUAUGUGGCCUUCCAGACAUUUCAUUGACUCAUGAUUUUAGUUUCAGCACAGGUGGCUUUAAUGCACUGAUCAUAUUGUGUCUGCAUGCUUUACCUUCUGCUUUAGAUGAAAAUAUUUCAUCACAGCUUCUAUUUAUCUUGUUUGUCAUAUUUAUUUUUUGUCCAAUGUGAAUAUGCCCUUAUAAUGAUAGACAGCUGAGAUGUGGGCAUGAGUUCUGCCAGCCUUAAUGUGAAUUAUGUUCUGAGUUGUUUUAUCACCUGUUGUUAGGGUGGAGGACAUUAUGAUUUCAUUAAAAACUUAUUUAAUUGA